GUCUGCCUUCGACUUCGGCGCCGCCGGAACUGUCUCUUUCUUUCUGUCUCCAACCCUGCCCUAAGCGCAAGAUGACGCCGCCUGCAGCUGCGAAGAAGAAUGCCGUCGUUCGGAGAAGACACUCCUCCGUCGGGAAGAUUGACGUUGGGGAUAACAGCGUGCAUGGGAUCCACUCUGGAAGAACAAACAAGGACAUCACUGCGGCCGAGGCAGAGCAGAAGAGACACCUCAACGAGGUCACCAGCGACAUCAACGACACGGUUGUGUUCCAGAAGCUGUACUACUCGGUGAAGAUCCUAUGCUACAGGUACAUCUGGUUGGUUCCGCUGGCCAUCAUGUUUUCCAUGAACCUCGUCUACUUCCUGUCCAACAACUACACCCCGUCGAACCCGCUCCAUCGCUUCCUAUGUCUCUCGUACCAGAUACCGGGCACACACGACCCGGUCAAGUACGAUAAGGGCUGGAUGGACUUCUGCUUUGUCGGAUACAUGAUGAUCUUUUUCACGUUCCUACGGGAGUUCAUGAUGCAGGUCGUUUUGAGGCCGUUGGCGCAAUACUUUGGCUUGCAGAGCAAGUCGAAGAUCUCCAGGUUCACCGAGCAAACCUACGCCGUCUUCUACUACGGAAUAACAAGCCCGUUGGGCUUGUACAUCAUGAAAAACUCGCCCAUGUGGUUUUUCAAAACCUCGGAAUUCUACAGACUCUACCCCCACAGGCAGCACGAGUGGCUCUUCAAGUUCUACUACCUCUUCCAGGCGGGCUUCUGGUCCCAGCAGGCCGUCGUGCUCCUGUUGCAGUUGGAGAAGCCCAGAAAAGACUUCAAGGAGUUGGUCUACCACCACAUCGUCACCGUGCUGUUGAUCAGCUUGUCCUACAUGUUCAACUACACGUGGAUGGGGUUGGCCAUCUACAUCACCAUGGACGUUUCGGACUUCUUCCUCGGCUUGUCAAAAACCCUAAACUACAUCAACUCCCCGGUGGAAAUGCCCUUCCUCGCCCUUUUCGUCGUCGUCUGGGUCUACACCAGGCACUGGUUGAACUUGAAGAUCCUCUGGUCUGUCAUCUUCGAGUACUUGCAAAUCGGCCCAAGCGUCCUAGACUUCAAAACACAGCAAUACAAGUGCAUCAUCUCCCAGCCGAUGGUCUUCACCUUGAUUAUGGCCUUGCAACUCGUCAACAUGUACUGGCUCUUUUUGAUCUGCAGGAUCAUGGUCAGAGUUCUUUUCUACAAUAUCAAGAAAGACGAGCGCUCGGAUUCUGAAAGCGACCAAGACCAAGAACAGCCGCAGCCACACCACUAGUAACCCACGCCUAGCGGUCCACGUAUAUAAUUAGAUUUGUGUAUUAAACCUCUGUUUCCUCCCUUCCCCUUAGGGUGCCUGUACCCUGACCCUGGGCCUGACCCCACGCUUGCCCCUGUAUACACUAACAUACCUACCCUAUAGUGACAAUGG